AUGGAGAAUGGAGUGGGAUCACAUGCCUCGCCCCCAAACGGCGAGGUCGUGAACGGUAAGUCGUGGUCCAGGCUUUUCUUCAUCGGCAAAGACGGCAAGGAGCGCAAGGUGAAGGACAAGGACGGCAAAGGCAAGGACAGCAAGGGCAAGGAUGGCAAGGAGGGCGUGAACCCGUCGCCGAAAUCCGCUUCCUCGACAACGCUCGACAGCGCAAGUGUCAGCGCCUUGAGCGCCAUAAGCGCGAGCGUCGCGAGCCUCAGCCUCACCCCCAGCGUCAGCGCAAGCGCUACCGACGGCGAAGUCCCGCCCUCCCCCAAGUCCAGCAAGUCGGCCUUUGCGACCAUCGGUAGCUCAAAGGCGCGCUCAAAGUCGCGCUUCUCCUACUCGUCCAACCGGGGACAGUCGUCGCCGUCGGUUCCCCAGACAGCGGCGUCCCCAUCCGCAUCCCCUCUCAUCCGGGAUCGCGCUAACAGGCUUACAGGCAUGUCCUCGUCGUCGGCCUCCGGUACGGCCGCAUCCGCAGACGACCACAGCAUCGCCACCACCCAAAACUCGGGCAUUGCUCAGAACAUCUCGGUCCAGAUCGGCAAGCAUCGCGCCGGAGAAUCCUGUGAGCAGCUAGAGCUUCAGCUGCCGGAUGUCGUCCUCGGGCUGACCGUCGCAGCUACCUCGGUCGAAGACACGAACAAGGCCACGAACAACUUCCAGACCCUCGCCACGCGGGCGAACAAUAACGAAGCGACACUCGCGUCCCUCCUACCCCCGGACCUCAUCUCGGACGGCGCAUCGGAGAAUGGAUCAGUCAGGUCUAGCGUCCAGGCCCGCGUCCCCUCACGACAGCUGUUACAGGCCGCCCUCGACCUCGCCCAGCGUGCCGUCGAGAUGGACAAGGGCAACGAUGUCGCCGGCGCGCUGUCGGCGUACCGCGAAGCUGUCACAAAGCUGCGUGUCGUCAUGGAGCGUGUCGGCGUUGAGCCGUCAGGAGAGAGCAAACGGGCAAAGAAUGACGAUGAGGGAAGGACACUUCGGGGCAUUCACGAUGCGUAUAUGGCACGCAUAACGCUGCUGUCAGCAUACGAAAGCAAUGAGGGGAACGUCAACGUCGACACAGAGGAAGACACGAUCCCCGGACUGAGCAGCUUAAACCUCGAUGGCACCCUCGCGAACCUGACGUUGGAUGGAGACAUGGCUUCCUCCGCGGCUAAUGCGGGCGCCUCGACAUCAGCUUUCAGCAUCAGCAUGUCCCCAUCAACGUCAGCCAAUGGUGCGAACGGCGACAGCGUCCUUCGCUCCCCCGACUCGGCCGUCGGCAGCUCAAGACGGCUACGCAAGCUUACGGGGGGCAAGUCGCUUGGCCUCGACGAGGAGUCGUCAAGCUUUGACCCGGCAUCCGUCGCCGACGCCGAGUCGUCGGCCCCGAGCACAUCUGCCGCCGCUGCCGCUGCGGGCGCCAGCGACGCAGGUGCUACGGACAUCAGCAGUGUUACUUCUGUUUCCGCGCCGACAGCCGUCGACGCGACGUCCCCGCGGAGUAGUUUGCAACACGAGGAGGACGACCGACCACUGCCGCCGUUACCCGGACCAGGAGAGGCGCGGCCGCGCAAACAGAGCCUCACGUCGUCUUCCCAGACACUCAGCGCCACUAACAACGGCACCCUUAACCGGAGACACAAGGGCGGAGCGUCCAUGUCGAGCAUCUCGGAGAUGAACCACGACUCGCCCCGGGAUAGCGUCACCGACUAUGACAGCGCGUCCAUCAAGUUCCGGACGAUGCGGUCGUACACGAGCGGCAGCCCGGACGAGUAUGGGCGGUCAUCCCCGUCAUCGCUCCAGGCCGUGUUCCGGCAGACGUUAGCCCCACCGGUCCGCCUGCAGGGAACGGCGCACCUGUCCCCGCGGCCAGAACCGCAACCAGCCGACAUCAUCCACCGCCCCUUCCACCUCCUCCGCAUCCUCUACGCCUCGAUGGACGCUUCGGGACCAGGCGCGUACCUGACGAGCGUGAUCCACAUCGACCCUGCUGUAUGGAAGCCGGCGAGCUGGCGGAGCUCGGGCAGUUCCAAGGGAGCCAAGCUCACGGGCCAGGAGGCCAAGAUCAAGUGCUGCGACGCACUUGUCGUGCACCUCGAGGCCGUGAAGCGGGCAGGUGCGCCGCUUCUCGAUGGCGGACGAGAGGAGCGAUUCGGCGCCGACGACGCCGCCUCGCGUCUGUCUAAGAGCCAGAUGGAGACGGUGACGCGCUCGGCUGAGGAGAUGCUCGCGUUACUGGAAGCGCUGGACGACGAGCUCGACUCGACGCACAAGCUGCUGACGUCGCGGGGCGUCGCGGUCGGCUCGGGGUGGAAGGGCAAGUCGCGGUCGUCGUGGGGCUCCCGCGUCGCCGCGCGCGUGGACAAGAUGGCGGCGCGCAACUCGCCCUCGGAUCAAAACUCGGUCGAGCGAUACAUCGAUCUGUUAUCGCAACUGUUCUACCUGAGCGACGUGCUGAACGAGCACCUGAAGAACUUUACGGGCGACCAGAGCACCAAGCCGUACCAGAGCUUAAACGACAAGAUGUACAAGGCGAUCGAGAGCAAGCUCAACCGCUUCGCGCAGUUCAUCGGCAUCAUCCUCGUCCCCUUUGUCAUGGACGACUUCAAGGUCUUCAUGUCAGGGUACCUCAAGGGCGGCCUGCGAUACUUGGAAGAGUAG